AUGGAAAAGGAGUUAAAUUUAAAUUAUAUUUCCUAUUCAAAUUUUCCUGGAUCAAAUCUGAAGAUAUUUUUCUUUCAGGUAAACAAUUUACAUUGGAAUUUAGCCGUAUUUAUUUGCCAACUUUACUGUGCGCUCGAUGUUGCUGCUUCAAGUUCAUCAAUUAUUCAUUUGGUUUUAAUUAGCAUUGAUAGGCUCAUUGCAGCAACUAGGCCAGCUGAUUAUAAAGCAACUGAACAUAAAAGGAGAAUUUAUUUUGCAAUUGUGAUUGCCUGGAUAUUUAGUACUGGAAUUUCUAUUCCAGUUGGGGCCGAUUUUAGCUCUCGGAUGCGAGAAUUUGUCAUUAAUGAACAUUUAUGUGGUAUAUAUAGUUCGAAAUAUAUAUUUUAUAGCUCAAUCUUGUCAUUUUAUUUACCAUGUUGUGUUAUGAUUGUAACUUAUAGUUACAUAUUCUAUGUACUUCGACGACGGCUUCGAUCCGUUAAAUUGCAGCAUUGUCAGGAAACUUUUCAGGAAAUGGCCGGAGGGCACUUUUUUGGAUUUGGUGCGGACCUUGGUAAUAUUGCCACUUCAGCUGUUCAAAAAGCAACAGGUGUGGAGUCGGAGAAUCGCAAAAUGAUAAGUUGGGAAAAACCUUUAUUGCAGAAAAUUGAAGAGACGAAAGCGGAACAUGCUAGUUCACUCGAUGACAGCGAUCGAGAACACUUAGAGACAAUAUUGGAUGCCGCAACCUCAGAUGAACGAAGUGUGACUAGUGUGGGUUCUGUGGUAUUGGAUGCAAUAACUACUGUAAAAGAGGAACCGAAAAUAUUUUAUAAAAUUUUUGCCAGAACUGAUGUUAAAGUAUUCUUCCACUUAAUCGUCUUUGGCAAAGAGCAAUCUAAUUUGAUUGCAUCUUCAUUCGCAUUAAACAAUGGAGUCACAAGCAAUUUUUUAUCCUUAUUAUCUCCAUUACAGUCACAUGCUAGUAAAAUGCGUCGACUAUCUGAUUUGAUUGCAAGUUGGGAAAGAUCAGGUCGAUCAUCGAUUUCUGAAUUCAGCCGCAUGUAUACAAUUGCAAGGCGAGAAUCACUUUAUAUAGCUCGAAAAAAACUUGCUGGAAUGAAGGAUUGGGCACUUAAUCUCGCUGCUAAAUUGCGUAUGAAACAAGGCAUUUCAUUGAGAAAAGAGGCAAGAGCAACCAAAUUAGUUGCUGUAGUAAUGCUUGUGUUUCUUUGUUGUUGGUUGCCGUUUUUCAUAAUGAACAUGAUCAAAGCAUAUAUGUUAAAUUUUGAUUUUUGGCCAACAUAUUUGGAAAUUUGGUUUCAUUGGUUUACGGCAUUAGGCUACUUGAAUUCGUCGCUCAAUUUUUUCAUAUAUUUUGCAAUCAAUGAGGUAUUUAAUAAAUAUUAA